AUGGCGNUGGAGAACUACGAGCCGCACAAUCUCGAGUACGAGCGGCUCGUUAUUCUUGUCUGCGCGACGUAUGGCGAGGGUGAGCCGACGGACUCCAUGAAGACGUUCCACGACUGGCUCGUGGAUGACAUGCGCUCGCCAGGCGAGGAACUGCGGGAGGUGAAGUACACCGUCUUCGGGCUCGGGGACCGGCAGUACCGCUACUUCUGCGAGGAGAGCGUUGUGGUGGACCGCCGCAUGGCGGAGUUGGGGGCGCAGCGCAUCUACGGCCUUGGCUGCGGCGACGCCGGGCAGAACAUUGAAGAGGAGUUCGACGAGUGGCACCGCGAUUUGUGGCCGGCUGUGGGCCGCGUGCUUGGCAUUGAGCUGCGGCAGCACACGGAGGAGCCGGUGGAACCGGAGUGCCGACUUAAGGUGUGGGACGCCGCGGAGGAGGCGCCACUCCCGUUCCCGAAGCUUGCGUCGGUGCUGGAGCCGACGCAGCGGCUGCCCGCGUGGGUGCCGGUCACGGCGAACACGGAGCUGCUGCGCAACAGCGUUGGGCGCGGCACACGCUGCAUUGAGUUCGGCCUCGAGGGCACGAUCAUCUCGUACCAGGGUGGCGAUCACCUUGGUGUCCUCCCGCGCAACACCGAUGCGAUGGUGGAGGCCUAUUUACAGGUGCUGGGAAUAAGCAACGAGGAGGCCUGUCACGUCUUUUCGUUGCAAGAUAAGAAGACAGGAAAAAAUGUUUUCCCAGCACGUGUGACGGUACGGACGGCGCUCACGUGGUACAUUGACCUUGCUGGGCCACCGAAGAAAUCGACUUUGCGCGCCUUUGCCCACUGCUGCACUGACCCCAUGGAGAAGGAGGCACUUCUGAAGCUCCUGCGCGUGGAGCCUGAGGCAGUGAAGGAGUUUACAAAACUUGCAGCAAAGUUACGUAACAUGCAUGGAUUCCUUCGGAAGUUUAAAUCCGCGUCAGUUCCACCAGAAUUUUUCCUUGAAAUGAUGCCGCGCAUCGCCCCACGUUACUUCUCUAUCUCAUCCGAUCUGCUCUCCCACCCGAAGCAGUUGAAUAUCACGGUGGCUCUUGUGGAAGGUGGCCUCUGCACGGGUAUGCUGCAGAGCGCGCAGGUCGGCCAGAAGAUUCCUGUAUUUGUGCGUAAAUCAAAGUUUCACCUCCCGCUCCGCGCAAAGGAGCGUCCGAUCGUGAUGAUUGGGCCCGGCACUGGUGUAGCGCCUCUCAUCGGCUUUCUGCACCGCCGCAAUGUGUGGAAGGCGAAGGGCAAUGAUCUGGGGAAAGCGAUACUCUUCUUUGGCUGCAGGAAGAAGGAGGAGGAUCACAUCUACGCUGAUUUCAUGACGGAGUGCGUGGAGAAGGGCACGCUAACGGUGCUUGACGUUGCCUACAGCCGCGAGCAGGCCGAGAAGGUCUACGUGCAGCACCGUGUCAAGGCACGUGCGCGUGAGGUGUGGGAAAUCCUCCGUGACGGUGGGAACCUGUACCUCUGCGGCGAUGCCAAGCACAUGGCGAAGGACGUGGAGAAGGCUCUGUUGGAGGCGCUUCAGCAAGAGGGGUCUAUGAGCGAGCAAGAGGCGACCGCGUACCUUACAAAGCUCGACAAGGAGGAGCGCUACUUGAAGGAUGUCUGGUCCGCAUCAUAG